AAAGAGAGCUGGGGUGCAUGUGAAUGGCGGAAUUCGUUGGGGCUGACAAUUCAGAAGCUAUAAUCACAAGAAUUGAGCAUAAGUCUCGGAAGAUUGAAAGCUUACUCAAACAGUAUAAACCCGUGGAAGCUCUGAAAACUGCUCUUGAAGGCUCACCUCCCAUGACUAAAGAUGAAAGAUGCAAGUCUGCAAAUUGGAUUGUAGUCCAUAGGGCAAUCGUGGCUAUAAAGGAUUUGGAUAGCUUGUUCUCUUCUCUAUAUCCUGAGUACUAUGAUAUUCUUAUGAAGUAUCUCUACAGAGGCUUAUCCACAGGGGACCGCCCCACCUGUGAUCAGUGCCUAAGAAUUCAUGAAAAGCUGACCGAGAAAGCUGGUCUGGGCUGUAUACUAAGGUCUCUUGCUGAUACUGUAAAUAUCGUCUAGCGUUUCUGCUCUAUAUAUUUCAGAGGAAGUAGAGCAACUAUUUUGCAUUUAGCAACUAUUGAUAUGCAUUCAGUAUUCCACAGUUUAAGGCGGUCGAGUUUAAUGAUGAUAAAGUAUUGUCUUUUUUAGACUUGGUUUAGCACUUUAGCGCAUUAGUAUUUUCCUUGAAUCUCUUCAUUAAUUCUUUGGAAGAAAUACAUGUAUUAGCAACUUGUACUGGUUAUUUAUCCUAGUUUACUGUAUCCGAGAUUCCGUUGCAGCAGGGUGAA